AUGUAUAUCAAGCAAAUCAUCAUCCAAGGCUUCAAGAGCUACAAAGAACAAACGGUCAUUGAACCAUUCUCUCCGAAGACGAACGUGAUUGUUGGACGCAAUGGCUCGGGGAAAAGUAAUUUCUUCGCCGCAAUUCGUUUCGUACUCAGCGAUGCAUACACUCAAAUGGGUCGCGAGGAGCGGCAGGCACUAUUGCAUGAAGGAUCGGGAUCUGCUGUAAUGUCUGCGUAUGUGGAGAUUAUUUUCGACAAUAGCGACGAUCGAUUCCCCACUGGAAAGGACGAGCUAAUCCUGCGACGCACAAUCGGCUUAAAGAAGGAUGAAUACUCUCUCGAUCGCAAAAAUGCCACUAAGACAGAUGUUAUGAAUUUACUGGAAUCUGCUGGUUUCUCGCGUUCAAACCCAUACUACAUCGUCCCUCAGGGUCGUGUCACAACAUUGACCAACAUGAAGGAUGCGGAGCGGCUCAACCUGUUGAAGGAAGUUGCCGGGACGCAGGUCUAUGAAGCUCGCCGAACAGAGUCCUUGAAAAUCAUGGCCGAUACUAAUAACAAACGCGCUAAGAUUGAUGAAUCCCUGGAAUAUAUCAAGGAGCGACUCGCCGAACUAGAAGAGGAAAAGGAAGAGUUGCGUGGAUACCAAGAAAAGGACAAGGAGCGCCGAUGUUUGGAGUAUGCGUUCUAUCAUAGAGAACAAACGGCCUUGGUUACUGCCCUCGAUGAGAUUGAAAACCUGCGCCAGGAUGGCAUUGAAGGAACAGACGAAAACCGCGAGGCAUUUAUGGAGGGCGAGCGGGCCAUUUCAGAAGUGGAUGAUGAGAUAAAGCAAGUGAAUCGCCAAAUGGAACUCCUCAAACUGGAGCGACGCCAAUUGGAAGAGGAUAGGCGUGAAACAUCAAAAGCUCAGGCCAAAAUUGAGCUGGAUGUUAAAACGUUCACCGCCGGAUUAUCGGCGACAGAGCAAGCACGAGCCCAACAACAGCAAGACCUCAAAGCUGUGAAACAAGAUAUUGCGGCCAAGGAGGCGGAACUAGGCCAGAUUCUUCCGGAAUAUACUAAACGCAAGGCAAAAGAGACAGAAGUUAAACAGAAUCUCGAUAUCGCCGAGGCUACGCAAAAUAGACUAUAUAACAAGCAAGGCCGAAGCUCGCAGUUCAAGAACAAGGCCGAGCGUGACAAGUGGCUGCGAGGUGAAAUUGAACAGCUUAAUACAGCUCUCGGCGAGCAAAAGGCCAAUCGCAUCAAUGCAGACGAAGAGGUGAAAGCUUCUCAGUUAAGAAUUCAAAACCUAGAGGAAGGGAUCGCCGGCCUACGAGAGCGCCUUGAUGGCUGGGGAGGCAGUAGGCAAGCUUUGUCUCAAGAGAUAACCACGGCCAAGGAUGCACUGGAAAAAUUGACUGACCAGCGGAAAUUGUUGCGACGCGAGGAUGAUAAGCUAGAGUCGGUUAUUGCAGACGCGAGAAGGGAGAAGGAGCGUGCUGAGAGCACGCUUUCCCAUACGAUGGACGGUGCUACUUCACGAGGUCUUGCAACGGUCAGACGCCUGAAGCAGGAACACAACAUUCAGGGAGCCUACGGAACCUUAGCAGAGCUCAUCGACGUUACCGAAACCUACCGAGUUGCUGCAGAGCAGACUGCUGGCGCCAGCCUUUUUCAUUAUGUUGUCGAUAAUGAUGAAACUGCCACUCAACUUAUGGAUGCUCUACACAAACAAAGAGGGGGUAGAGUCACAUUCAUGCCCCUAAACCAACUUCGGCCAAAAUCGACAAAUCUACCAAAGGCAGCUGAUGCCGUGCCAUUGAUGAGUAAAAUUACGCACGAGAAGAGGUUCGAGAAGGCGAUAAAUCAAGUUUUUGGCAAGACUAUCAUCUGCCCAAACCUUACAGUUGCUGCUCAGUAUGCCCGGAGUCACAAUUGCACUGCCAUCACACCCGAAGGUGAUACCGCGAAUAAAAAGGGAGCUCUAACAGGUGGCUUCAUUGACACCCGUAAGUCACGAUUGGAAGCCGUUCGAGCAGUCAAUACAUGGCGCGAUGAAUUUGAAUCUUUACGAACCCGUGCUCUUGAAAUUAGACAGGAGGUCGAAAGGAAAGAUCAAGAGAUUACUGUGGCGAUGGGCGGUCUCCAAAAGCAGGAGCAGAAACUGCGACAACUUGAUGAUAGCUUUGAACCGCUGAAAUCUGAGCUGCGUUCGAAGAGCUCAUAUCUCGAAAGAGAAAGAGACCAGCUGGAAGCUCAUCUUCGUCGCCGAGAAGUUGUGGAGAAGAUGCUGAAGGACUAUAGCGACAAUCUCGGCGGAUUCGAGGCAGAAUUGGCAACUGAUUUCAAGAAAGCCUUGAGUGCGAACGAAGAGCGUCAACUUGAGCAGCUUACGACAACUGUCUCCGAUUUGCGAAAGCAAUGGAAUGAUCUGAGUAAAAGCCGACGAGAACUGGAGGGUCGAAAGCAACUUAUCGAAGUUGACUUGAGAGAAAAUCUUCGGAUGAAACUCGAUCAACUGAAUAGCCAAGAAAUUGAUAGCAAUGCUAGCGGCGGCUCGGGAACCCUCAAAGAAUCGCAACGAGAGCUAAAACGGAUUCAAAGAGCCAUCGCAAAUGUUGUGGCUAAGCUUCAAGAGAACGAGGCCCACAUCGAGCAAGCAGAAAUUAGGCUCGGGAAUCUUCACAAAAUCAAGGUUCAGAAAGAAGAAACCCAACAAGAAAUCGCGAGGGCAAUUGAGAAACAUCAAAAGAGGAUGGAGAAGAGCGUUGCGAAGAAGGCCCUGUUGGCUGCUUCUGCGGCAGAAUGUGCAAAGAACAUUCGCGAUCUUGGUGUCCUUCCUGAUGAGGCAUUUGAGAAAUACUCCAAUAUGGAAUCAAAAACUCUUACUGCACGCCUCAAGAAAGUUAACGAGGCACUGAAGAAGUACAAACACGUGAACAAGAAAGCCUUUGAGCAAUAUAACAGCUUCACCUCUGAACGAGACGGCUUGAUAAGACGAAGAAAGGAGCUAGAGGACUCGCAAGGCUCCAUCCAAGAACUCGUCGAUGUUCUAGAUCAGCGCAAAGACGAAGCCAUCGAACGCACCUUCAAGCAGGUAUCCAAAGAGUUUGCCUCCAUCUUCGAGCGCCUAGUACCAGCGGGCCGUGGUCGACUUGUGAUCCAACGUAAGACUGAUCAGCGGGCACGGGAAGACGAAGAUUCAGAUGAGGAACCACGCGAAAGCGUAGAUAACUAUACUGGUGUUGGCAUUAGCGUCUCCUUCAAUAGCAAGCACGACGAACAACAACGCAUACAGCAAUUGAGCGGUGGACAGAAGAGUCUCUGCGCCCUGGCGCUCGUCUUCGCAAUCCAGCAGUGCGAUCCUGCACCUUUUUACCUCUUCGACGAAAUUGACGCCAAUCUAGAUGCCCAGUAUCGCACAGCUGUCGCACAGAUGCUUGAAGAGAUCUCUACACAGCAGGGCAGCCAAGAUGGCGCCGGAGGGGGCAUGAGUGGUCAAUUUAUCUGCACGACUUUCAGACCGGAAAUGUUGCUGGUGGCUGAUAAAUGUUAUGGAGUUACAUUUCAUAAUAAGACUAGCGGAAUUGACGCUGUUAGUCGAGACGAGGCGUUGAGAUUUGUGGAGGGGGAGGCUCCGAAGUAA